AUGAAAUGCUGUUCGGAUUCUUGUCAGAAGCUGUGUGUUCAGCCUCCACAAACGAGAGGAUGUGAUGAUAUCCUUUAUGCUGGCUACAGCACUAGUGGUGUUUAUACAAUCAACCCUGACAGAAAAACAGAGUUUGAGGUGUAUUGCGACCUAGAGACGGACAGUGGAGGAUGGGUUGUGUUCCAAAGGCGACAGGAUGCAUCUGUCAGCUUCCACCGUACAUGGAACGACUAUAGAACGGGUUUCGGAGACCUUGGGAAGAAUUUCUGGCUAGGAAAUCACAAAAUUCAUCGGAUCACCGCAGCAAAUGAGAUGUCGCUGCGAAUCGAGCUGGAGGAUUGGAGUGGAAAAAAAGUUUUCGCUCAUUACGACGUGUUCAAGGUAAACAACGAAAAGAACAACUACAAGAUCACCGUCAUUGGUUACAAUGGUACAUCCGGGGAUUCCUUGAGUUACCAUAACAACAUGAUGUUCAGCACCAGAGACAGGGAUAACGACAUGUGGAAGACGGGAAGCUGCUCAAAUGACCUGACUGGGGGAUGGUGGUUUAACGAUUGCCACAACUCAAAUUUGAACGGGCAGUUCAUGGGAAACACAAAAGCUUACAGUGGUAUUGGCUGGGUUCGAUUUAAACAUAACCUCUCCUUAAAGUUUGUGGAAAUGAAGAUGAGAGCUCAGUCCUACCUGAAAGAAAAAGAGGAUGAAAGGCAGAAAUGA